UGAGUUUCAAUUAAUCCGUAAACGAAUCUCUCAUCACUCAGCCCUCUCUCACUCACUCUCCAAUUUUAAAAACCCUAAUCGCAGCAGCAAAACAUUAAACAAACCAACUCUGUUAUGAAGAGACGUUGCUACAAAUACAAUGGCUUCCAACUCUGUUAAGUUUUUUUAAUAUUUUUAAGCUAACGCUAACGAUCCACCUAGAAAAACAAUGAUUCACCUCUCUUUUCAAAUAUCCAUCCACCUACAAAAAGCGUCUCUUUUUUUUUUUUCCAACAACGAUUGUGAAAUUCAAGAAAAAUCAAAAUCACACACUCAAUUCAAAUAUGAAUUUCUCUUUCUCCAAUCGCCAUUGAACUCCUCAACCACGGCUUACAGCAAUGAAUUUCUCUUUGAUUCAAUUCCCAAUACCAGACCCAUACCCUAACUUUGAGCACCAUCAAUGGCGGUCACACGCGAAGACAAUGUUUACAUGGCCAAAUCUCGAUGUUGGUGGGCACACAUUCGAGGAGCGAAACCUAUUCUCCGUUGCUUACAAGAAUAUAUGGUUGGACCUCGCCGUGCCUCGUGGCGGAUCGUCUCUUCCAUUGAGCAGAAGGAGGAGACUCGUGGUAAUGUCGAACACGUGUCCACCAUCAAGGAAUACAGGUCCAAGAUCGAGAACGAACUCGCCUCCAUAUUCGAUGAUAUUCUGGAUCUGCUUGAGAGAAAGCUUGUCCCUUCUGCCACCGCCGCUGAAUCUAAGGUCUUUUACCUGAAAAUGAAGGGUGAUAUCCACAGGUACCUUGCUGAAUUCCAAAAUGGUUCUGAUUGAAAGGAGGCUGCCUAAAAUACUCUUUCUGCCUACAAGGCUGCUAAGGGGUUAACUCAUUUUGAUGAGAUUCUACAAGAAGCAGAUGGUAUCAUUCUCUCUCGUGGAAAUUUGGGGAUAGAUCUGCCACCAGAAAAGUGCUUAAAGAAGUAUAUGAUGAACUGUGACUUGGUAAGCUAACUUUCUUUCUCGUUUUUUUGGCUUCAUUUGGUUACAUAUGUUUUCCCUUGAUUUGUUUAAUUUUUUUUGUCUUUAUGGGGAUGUAAUUGACUCUUCUUUGAUGGGUUCUUUCUCUUUAUUUUAUAUCCCUUCCUGAGGUAGCAUUUAAAAGUUAGUUUGACAUAGUUUUCUUUUUUUCUUUA